AGGGAUCAUCAACUCACACCUCAUCCCCACCCUUCAGAAACACCCCUCGGUGUACCCAGUCUCUGAAAGCCUUAGACUCUACCUCUUAAUAAUGGAAUGUCCCGCUCUCAGCCAUCCUUCCCAACAGUGGUGCAGACAAACCAUUCUUCAAAUGGGGAAGGCCUUGCUCAAUCUAUCAGCAGAUGCAGAGGAAACAAUAGACAGGUGGUGGUCAAGCCUGUUACCACGCCAUCUCAACCGUAUCUUGACCAUUCAUAAGGACUGUGUGUUGUCCAUCUUAGAGUCACCGUCCGUGUCCACUACGGGUGAUAUCCAGACGCAGUGGACAUCUAUGAGGGUGCUUGAAAAACUACACAAGAUCAAUACCAGAAGUGGGGAGAUUCUCCCUUACUACAAGUUUCAUAUACCAAACAUUGGCAAGUACAUCAAUAUGCAGGAUGAUUUCUUACAAUUCUUCAAGAACACUGUUCUACACAGCAUGGGCUGUGAAGCGAAGACAUUCUGUGAUUACCCAUUCGUCUUUGACGCUGACAUGAAGUCUUCAUUGCUUCAUCUAGAUGCCCUUCUUCAGAUGCAGUUUGCUAUGGAAGAGGUCCAACGUGCCAACUUUGCCAAUGUAUUCUUCAACAUGGACCCAGUGAAUCCAUGCCUGGUCCUGUGCGUCAUGAGAGAGAACCUGGUCUCGUCUGCCAUAGACCAGCUCGGUCACCUAGACCAGCACAAUCUCAAGAAACCACUCAAGGUUAUCUUUGUUGGAGAGGAGGCCAUCGAUGCUGGAGGUGUCCAGAAGGAAUUCUUCAUGCUGAUUAUGAGGGAGAUCUUGGAUCCCAAGUAUGGAAUGUUCAGAUACUUUGAAGACUCAGGAAAGAUCUGGUUCAACAGCAAGUCAUUUGAAGACAUCAAAAUGUUUCGCCUAGUUGGUCUUAUAUGUGGUCUUGCCAUCUACAACAACAUGAUCAUCUCACUUCCCUUUCCAUUAGCACUCUACAAGAAACUCUUAGAUAGGGAGACCACCCUUGAUGACUUCAAGCAGUUAGAACCCCAGGUUGCACAGAACCUCCAAUCAGUGCUAGACUAUGAUGAUCCAGAGAGCUUCAGUGAAACCUUCCCUCUCUUCUUCCAGAUCAACGAGGACAAUUUUGGAGAGGUGGAAACGAGUGAUCUAGUUCCCAACGGAUCAGAAAAAGAACUCACCUUCAAAAAUAGGAAUGACUAUGUGAUGGCAUACGUCAACUACUGUUUGAAUUCAUCUGUGAGGGAGCAGUUUGAAGCCUUCAGCAGUGGGUUCCUAGAAGUGUGUGGCGGACAUGUAUUGAGGUUCUUCCAUCCCCAGGAACUCAUGGCGAUGGUCAUCGGUAAUGAGGAGUUCAACUGGGAUGAACUAGAAGAGACUGUGCAGUAUAAAGGAGAGUACAGUGCUGGUCAUCCUACCAUCAAGUUCUUCUGGCAAGUUUUCAGGGAGAUGGCCGUUGAUGACAAGAGGAAGUUUCUGGUCUUCCUCACCGGAAGCAACCACGUACCUAUCCAGGGCUGGAAGAGCCUUCAGGUUAUCAUCCAGCCGGUAAAAGGAGGAGAGGACUUCUUCCCUGUGGCUCAUACCUGCUUCAAUCUCCUAGACUUACCCAUCUACACAAGCAAAGAGGUCCUACGGGAGAAGCUACUAACUGCAAUAGAACAUACAGAGGGUUUUACUUUAGCAUAGGGAUGAAAGGAGGAGAGGACUUCUUCCCUGUGGCUCAUACUUGCUUCAAUCUCCUAGACUUACCCAUCUACACAAGCAAAGAGGUCCUACGAGAGAAGCUACUAACUGAAAUAGAACAUACAGAGGGUUUUACUUAAGCAUAGGGAUGAAAGGAGGAGAGGACUUCUUCCCUGUGGCUCAUACUUAAUCUACAAACUGCAACAGAGGGUUUCACUUUAGCAUAGGUAUCAAUGAUGGAGAGGACUUCUUGCAGAAGUAUUAUCCAAUCGGUGAAAGGAGACUUCUUACCUGUUUUUGAUACAUGCUUUAAUCUUCUAGACCUACCCAACUACAAAGUAAAGAUGACCUAUGAGAGAAACUACUAACGGCAAUUAUGAAUUUUAUCAUCAGGUAUUGAAUGUCAAUUUAAGAUUGGAAUCGUAGGUUCUUUAACUGGGACAUCACACUUUCUAACAUAUGGAUCUUCUAAUGUGGUAAUAUCUGCCAAAAAUAGAUUAAUCAAAUUUGCCAUUAACAAUCAAUUGCCAUAUACUUGAUACCUUGUAUUUGAAGCAUAGCGUAGGAAGCAACUAUUCUUUACUAUAGCGUAUUGAACAAGCAGCUCGCAGGCUGAAAACAUUCACUUUACAAGGUUUUAUUAGGAUAUAAUAUUGUUAUAAAGAUACAGCAUUGUAGAAUAUAUAUUGUAAGCUAACUUAUUCAGAUAACUUAUUUAUUGAUAAGUUAAAAGCUAUAGCAAAACAAUUGGCAUGAAUUAUUCAUGUGGUGUUAAUUGUAUCUUGUUUCAGUCAUGAAAACAACAAUACAAAAAAUAUACACUGCACUUUUAGUGUAAAUUAAGUUAAGUGAAAUUCUGUCAACAUGAACAAAUUGUGUUAAAGCAAGCAUCAAUAAUUGUAUGCAAAAAAGGAUAUGUAGUUGUAAGAGUGAAUUGUAUUCUAAGUUUUGUAACUUGUUAUACUAGUAGGCCAUUGUGCUGAUCCUCCAUUCUAUUGCUUAAAGGGAUGGUCUAAGCUAGAGAUAUUUAUAUCUCAAUAAGUAGAGUAAAAUUCACAAAGCAAAAUGCUGCAAAUUUGAUCAAAGUCGGAUAACAAAUAACGAAGUUACUGAAUUUUAAAGAUUUGCAUUAUUCCUGUGAAACAGUUCUAGGCAUGCCUUUAUGAAUAUUAAUUAGGUGGGCUGAUGAUGUCAUAUCCCCACUUGUUCUUUUGUAUUUUAUUAUAUGAAAUUAGGUUUAUUCAAAAUUUUUCUACCAAGAACUAAAACAAUUGGAUUGACAACUGAUUAAGUGCAUUAGUUAUUUACUGCCACAACUUAUUUCAUCAUAAUGGUGACACAUCAUCUACACAUGUAUGAAAAAUUGAAACAUUUAUGAUUUCAUGUAAUAAUAUAAGAAAGAGGAGAGUGGGGAUGUGACCUCAUCAGCCCACCUAAUGAAUAUUCAUGACGUUAUGCAUAUAACUGUUUUCACAAAAUAUUGAUAAACUUUAAAAUUCAAUAACUUCGUUAUUUGUUAUCCGAUUUUAAUGAAAUUUUCAGCAUUUUGCUCUGUGAAUUUUACUCUAUUUAGUUAGAUAUAAAUAUUUUCAGCCCGGACCAUCCCUUUAAUAUGUUUCACUAUGAAAUUAAUUUGCUGAUCUAGUAAAACCAAAGAAUAGUUGAUUGCGCACUUUGCUUCUAUCUUGAAAAUUACUUUCGGACAUGACGGGAUCUAUUGAUCAGCACAUGUUAUUGACUCUUGAAAUGUUUUAGGAACAGUAUUUUUCCUGAAAAUGUGAAAAAGUGACUUACCUAGGCUAAUUGUCCCUUGAAAAACUAAUGCUAUGACAUGAUUUCAAAUGAUUCUCUUUACAGUGUAUUAAUCUAGAUAACCAACUCUUAUGAUGUCAUAUUCAAGUUUUCUUUGGUAAUAUAUUUAACUAUUUAUAAAUAAAAGAAAUAUGUAUGGAGGUGCCAUACCUAUGUAUCUGCAUCAAAACUAAUCUGCCUUUUUGGAUUGCACGUAAGAUAUACUUGAUACAAUCAAAUCAAUAUAUCAGUGUAUUAUCAUAUAUAUGAUUAAGAAUGCAGUGGUGGGUUUAUUUAAUACAUUUUGAUAUUUUUGUUUAUGUCAUCUCAGUUGUGCAUUGAAGCACACCUUCCUUGCCAGAUAUUUAUAACAAAGAGGCAAAAACCACCAGAUCCCAUUGUCAGUGCAAUUUUAUUAAUGUUAUAGUUAAAGGGAUACUCUGGGCUGAAAAUAAUUAUAUCUUAAUAAAUAAAGUAAAAUUCACUGAGCAAAAUGCUUAAAAUUUCAUCAAAAUCUGAUCACUUAUAAAUGUAGCCAAGUUAUUGAAUUUAGAUUUGAGCAAUAUAUAUGCACACCAUCAUGAAUAUGCAUUAGGGGGCCUGAUAAUGUCAUGUUCCCACUUUCCUUAUUCUAAGGUUAUGUUAUUAUGAAAUCAUAAUAUACAUUUCCAUGCAUGUGUGUAUGAUACAUCUCUCUUACAACAAAAUAAGUUGCAACAAUGAGCAGUUCUCAAUCCUACAUUUUUUUCAUUCUUGGAGGAAAUCAAUAUGAGUUUAUAUAAUGAAAUAUAAAAGGGAAACAAAAUAUUUCCUUUAAAAAAAAAAUUCAGGCCCCGGAGCAUGCACAUUAUCAUAGAAAUAUCGCAUUUCAGAUUGUUUGAGAUUUUUUUUUAACCUCCACUCACAGGCCUGAAGAAUAAUUAGGGAUAUGACAUCAUCAGCUUGCUCAUUGCAUGUUAAUGAAGACAUGCAUAACUGUUUCACCGAAUAAAUGCAUAACUUUAAAA